UGUUUGUGAUUUCAUCACGCUGGAAAAAUAGGGCUCCGUUGGGUUUGUGCAAGCUAAGAGCUGGGCUAAGGAGAGGAAGGGCUUUUCAGUACCUUGGACAGAGCACGCAGCAAAAAUGGCUCCGAUUUCAGCGAGCAGAGAAGAAUUUGAUGAAAUUCCUACAGUGGUUGGGAUCUUUAGUGCUUUUGGCCUUGUCUUCACAGUCUCCCUCUUUGCUUGGAUCUGCUGCCAGCGUAAAUCUUCCAAAUCCAACAAGACCCCUCCCUACAAAUUUGUCCAUGUGCUGAAGGGGGUUGACAUUUAUCCCGAGAACCUUAACAGUAAGAAGAAAUUUGGAGCAGAUGACAAAAGUGAAGCAAAAAGCAAAUCAGUGAUGCCAAAGAAUUCUCUCCACCUCGACCUGGAAAAGAGAGAUUUGAAUGGCAACUUCCCCAAAACAACCCCCAAAAUCCAGAGCUCUCCAGAUCUUGAGAACUUGACUCCAAAGCACUUUGUAGAAAGAGAGAAAGAUUCAAUAUCCCCCGAGAGCUUAAAGUCCAACACUUCACUGUCUUCUGAAGAGAAACAAGACAAGCUAGGGACUCUCUUUUUCUCCUUAGAGUACAACUUUGAGAAGAAGGCAUUUGUGGUGAACAUCAAAGAAGCACGUGGAUUGCCAGCAAUGGAUGAACAGUCAAUGACUUCUGAUCCCUACAUCAAAAUGACAAUAUUACCUGAGAAGAAGCACAAAGUGAAAACCAGAGUGCUGAGAAAAACCUUAGAUCCAGCUUUCGAUGAAACCUUUACAUUUUAUGGGAUCCCCUAUAGCCAAGUCCAAGAUUUAAUCCUUCAUUUUAUGAUCUUGAGCUUUGACAGGUUUUCCAGAGAUGACAUCAUUGGAGAAGUCCUCAUUCCACUUGAAGGAAUUGAAUUGUCUGAGGGAAGGAUGCUAAUGAACAGGGAGAUCAUCAAAAGAAAUGUUAGGAAGUCAUCUGGACGUGGAGAAUUACUGAUCUCUCUCUGUUACCAGUCUACAACAAACACUCUAACCGUGGUUGUUUUGAAAGCCAGGCACCUACCCAAAGCUGACGUUUCAGGAUUAUCAGAUCCUUAUGUCAAAGUGAACCUCUACCAUGCUAAGAAGAGAAUCUCUAAAAAGAAAACCCAUGUGAAGAAAUGCACCCCCAAUGCAGUAUUCAAUGAAUUGUUUGUCUUUGACAUUCCUUGUGAGGGCCUUGAAGAUAUCAGCAUUGAAUUUUUGGUUUUGGAUUCAGAUAGGGGGUCCAGGAAUGAGAUUAUUGGCCGGUUAACCCUGGGAGCUUCAGCAGAAGGAACAAGUGGAGAGCACUGGAAGGAAAUUUGUGAAUAUCCUAGGAGACAAAUUGCCAAGUGGCAUAUGCUGUGUGAUGGUUAGCAGCCUAGAAAUGGGUUGGAACUUAACAAAUAUUUCCAUAGGCAAGGAGCAAAUUUCUUUCUGUAUGAUGCAUAAUUACAGGCUUGUAACAACAAGACAUCUUUUUGUUAAAACUGGAGUGAACUAUCAGAACAGAAGGUAACUAAAUUUUCACAUUAAACAAAGGUCUUUCUAAUCCAUAGAAACUUGACAUAAUUUCAUAUGAUAUUCAUAUUCUGCUGGAGUUUACAUAGUAAUAGACUUGUGAAGCAGUGCAAACUUCAAUAAGAGCAGUCUAUCUGUUAUGAAUAAAUCACUGGAAACUGUAGAUUACUACUCCAUGCAGAAGAUGAUAACCUCAUUAAUAUAUAUUGCUAGAUCUAGGGACAGACUUUUUUUUUAAGUCUAAAAAUUGGGAAUGUGUGAGGGGCAGGAAGAGCAUUUUAUUUGGUUUACCAUUGUAUCAGAAACCUUCUAGUAUGGAAAUUCAACCAAUUUUCAUAAGUUUAGGGUACUUAUACUUUGAUCAAUCCAAAUACAAGACAUUUUCAACAACUUGCUUUGCAUAUCACAUCAGGUGCAAAUAGUUGUUAUGUGUGUGAAAUAUUGUAUAGUCUUUUACGUUUAUGUUUUUUUAAAAUUAUUAUU